UCAGCCGGCCUUCUUCUCCUUGGUUCCGGGGUGUGUGAGGACGACCCCGGGGCCCGGCCAUGCAGCCAGCCGAGGCUCUGCAAGCCGUGCUGCUGGCCGUGCUGCUGGCGCGAGCGAGGGCUGCGAAGGGUCGUGGGCUGAGCGCCUCCGACUCGGACCCCAGAGGAGGGCAACUGCUCUGCCGGGGAGGGACACAGAGGCCUUGUUAUAAAGUCAUUUACUUCCAUGAUGCUUCUCGAAGACUGGACUUUGAGGACGCCAGAGAAGCCUGCAGAAGGGAUGGGGGCCAGCUAGUCAGCAUCGAAUCAGAAAAUGAACAGAGACUGAUAGAAAGGUUCAUUGAAAACCUCUUGGCAUCUGAUGGUGACUUCUGGAUUGGGCUCAGGAGGCAUGAGGAGAAACAAAGCAAUAACUCGGCCUGUCAGGACCUUUAUGUUUGGACCGAUGGCACCACAUCGAAAUUUAGGAACUGGUAUGUGGAUGAGCCUUCCUGUGGUAGUGAGGUCUGUGUAGUCAUGUACCAUCAGCCAUCGGCACCUGCUGGCAUCGGGGGCCCUUACAUGUUCCAGUGGAACGAUGACAGAUGCAACAUGAAGAACAAUUUUAUUUGCAAAUAUUCUGAUGAAGAAACAACAAUAGCUCCUUCUGUAAGGCCUGGAGGUGAAGGAGCAAAGCCAGCAACACCCAUGCUUCCAGAAGAAACACAGAAAGAAGAUGCCAAAGAAACAUUUAAAGAAAGCAAAGAAGCUGCCUUGAAUCUUGCCUACAUCUUAAUUCCCAGCAUUCCCCUUCUCCUCCUCCUUGUGGUCACUGCAGUUGUAUGCUGGGUUUGGAUCUAUAGAAGGAGAAAACGGGAGCAGCCAGACCCUAGCACAAAGGAGCCACAUGCCAUCUGGCCCUCUCCUCACCAAGAAAACAGCCCAGACUUAGAGGUUUAUAAUGUCAUAAGAAAACAAAGUGAAGCUGAUUUAGCUGAGCCCCGGCCAGACCUGAAGAACAUCUCAUUCCGAGUGUGUUCUGGAGAUUCCACUCCUGAGGACGUGUCUUGUGACUAUGAAAACAUGGCUGUGAACCCUUCAGAAAGUGGGUUUGUGACUCUGGCGAGUGUGGAGAGUGGAUUUGUAACCAAUGACAUUUAUGAAUUCUCUCCUGACAGAAUGGGGAGAAGCAAGGAGAGUGGAUGGGUAGAAAAUGAUAUAUAUGCUUCCUAGACACAUGACAGAAACUGGACUGACAAGAAUAAGAAAGGAACAAGAAGUCUUCUGUUUUCUAUGAGAAAAAUACUCAUACUGUCCAUAAACAUGCCCAGAUAAGGUCCUGGGUGUGAGCCUGGGAUCCCCAUGAGUCCCUGCUGGAUACACAAGUUCUGACAUGAUCCCUUAGCCUUAGAAGAAGGCACCUUGUCACAUGGUGGACCCUCAAUAACUGUCAGUGACUAGUUAUAUCUGAUACUCAAGGGAUUGUGUGUGGCACGGGUAAGGGUUGUGACUGAAAAGCUUGGACAACCCAUCUCUAGGUUCUACUUUCCUUGCUGUAUACAGCAGUACACAUAAACACAAACACAGAAAAUAUGGUAUCUUUUCAAAGUCCGUGUAUAGCAGCCAUAGGCUGGUGUGCACAUCAGCAAUAUCUGUUUUUUUCCCUCAAAGAAUAAAAUUCAAUAAAAAGCAGGAAGCAGAA